GCUCGGGUCUCCGCCCGCUUCCCGCUCGCGAGGCCCGGGCGCGGGGCGCUCCCACUGCGCGUGCGCCCUCCGGCUGCGAGCCCCCCGCGCCCCUCCCCCCGCGCCCGGACUUGGUACGGCCGGGACGGCGGUUGGCGUCGUCCGCGGCUCCCCCGAGCGGCGGGCUUUUCAAAUCUUACCUUUGGAGGAGUGGCGGCGGCCCGGGCUGUGGCGCUGGAGAUGGAGGGGCAGACGGUGAGGGGUCCCGAGCUCCGCCUGGCGGGCCUUCCCGCCCAGCAGGAUUGCAGCAUUCAAGAAAAAAUAGAUUUAGAAAUUCGAAUGCGAGAAGGAAUAUGGAAGCUCCUUUCUCUGAGCACUCAGAAAGACCAGAUCUUGCGUGCAGUUAAGAAUCUCAUGGUAUGCAAUGCUCGAAUAAUGGCUUACACAUCGGAGCUACAAAAAUUAGAAGAACAGGUUGCAAAUCAAACUGGAAGAUGGUUUUUUCCUUUUGACAGUGAUGUGAAUUUUGACAGUAAAGAACGGACAGCAUGUAAAGGAAAGAUUGCCAUAUCAGAUAUUCGUAUACCACUAAUGUGGAAAGACUCUGAUCACUUCAGCAAUAAGGAACGAUCACAGCAGUAUGCCAUUUUCUGUUUAUUCAAAAUGGGAGCUGAAGUUUUUGAUACUGACAUGGUGAUUGUGGAUAAAACAAUCACAGAUCUAUGUUUUGAAAAUGUAACUAUAUUUAAUGAAGGAGGGCCAGACUUUCAGAUAAAGGUGGAGGUAUAUAGCUGCUGUACAGAAGAAUCUUCUAUAACCAACACACCAAAAAAACUAGCUAAGAAACUGAAGACUUCUAUAAGUAAAGCUACAGGGAAGAAAAUAAAUUUGGUGAUUCAAGAAGAUCAUGAAACAUGCUCGUCUUACAGUUCUGCUAUUUUUGGUGCAAAGUAUAAUUUGCUGGCUCAUACUACUCUGACCUUGGAAAGUGCUGAGGAUAGUUUCAAGACACAUAAUCUGUCUAUUAAUGGAAAUGUUGGCAGUCGAAGACCUGUCUUAUUUUUGAAGUUGAAAUUGAGGAAGCCAACCCUCCUGUUGGUAGAAACAGAGAAUAUAGGAGAAGAGGAGUCUUCAUUUUGGCUUCCCUUAUAUGGCAACAUGUGCUGCCGCCUAGUCGCCCAGCCAGCUUGUAUGGCUGAGGAUGCAUUUGCAGGAUUUCUUAAUCAGCAGCAAAUGGAAGAAAGCCUGAUUAGUUGGAGAAGGUUGUAUUGUGUUUUAAGAGGGGGUAAACUUUAUUGUUUUUACACUCCAGAAGAAAUUGAAGCUAAAGUGGAACCAGCUUUGGUAGUGUCCAUUAACAAGGAAACCAGAAUUCGGGCAAUGGAUAAGGAUGCCAAGAAAAAAAUUCAUAAUUUCUCUGUCAUCAACCCUGUUGCCGGACAGGCUGUAACUCAUAUUUUUGCAGUGGACAAUAGAGAAGAUCUUCAGAAAUGGAUGGAAGCCUUCUGGCAACAUUUCUUUGAUCUUAGCCAAUGGAAGCAUUGUUGUGAAGAACUUAUGAAAAUUGAGAUUAUGUCACCACGGAAACCACCUUUGUUCUUGACAAAAGAGGCGACCUCAGUCUACCAUGAUAUGAGCAUUGAUUCACCUGUAAAACUUGAAAGUUUAACUGAUGCAAUACAAAAAAAACUUGAAGAGACAAAUGGACAGUUUCUUAUUGGUCAGCAUGAAGAAUCCUCACCACCUCUUUGGGCCAGCCUCUUUGAUGGUAAUCAUCAAGUGGUUAUCCAGAAAAAGGUAUUAUCUCCUGCAAGCAAGCAGUUACAUGAUGGGAAAGGGAAAAAAAGACGCGCUCCCCUUCCUCCUUCUGAUAAAGCUCCACUCAGCUUAAAAACCCAGAGCAACACAGAUCAAUUGGUUAAGGACAACUGGGAGAAAAUAAGUGUGUCUUGGACCUCGCCUUUGGAUACCAAAUUAUCAACCCUAAUGCAUCACUUCCAGAAACCAAUGGCUGCUCCUCGAAAACUUCUUCCUGCCAGGAAAAAUCAUUUAAAUGAUGGUGAACACACAGACACUAAAACCAAUUUUGAAGCCAAGCCAGUGCCAGCUCCAAGGCAGAAAUCUAUCAAAGACAUUUUGGACCCUAGAUCAUGGUUGCAGGCACAAGUAUAGAAAACCUUAAUGUAUAAAGCAUUUAAUAAAAUCUAUAACUGUUAGGCUUAAUUCAGAAGCACUAGAGAUAUGGUAAUAUGUAAUUAUGUUGGUAAAUAUGAUAGUGAUUUACGUCAAUAAUUAAUAAGCUAUUAGGUAUUAAAAAUGCUUUAUAAUGAAGAAAUGGAUUUCUCUUUUACUUCUGAUCUUCAGAAUAUAAGUGAUUUCCCUGGUAGAGUGUAAAAGGCAGUUUCUAGACAAUAUCCUAAUUGUUGGAAGGGUUAAUUCCUAAAUUAGUGCCAGCAGUGAGCAAGCACUAGGGCAGAAGAAGGCAUUAAAAUUUCUUUGGGGAGAGACUGUCUAGUAAUUUAAAAUGUGUUAAAUAUGAGCCAUAUUCUCAUUGUGAGAAUUUUAAUAGUAAUGGAAUGUUUCUAAAGUUUUAUUCAAACCACAAAUUAUAGAAUCCACCCAAGAAAAUUUCUUCUUAGCAUUCUGGAAUUCUCAUCUAAUGGUUCACUGGCUCUCAUCUGUUGUUUAACACACUAGUUAACUCACUGACCUUUCAAAUUCCUGAGAUGAAUCUUGGAAUAUUAAAUUCUUCAUCUUUAAAGGGAAUUUAUAAUGUGCUAUUCAGAGUUGUUUCCUUGAUGAGCCCUGAAAUCCUGUUGACAUUAACUCUCAUAAGUGAAGCAUAACAUUUAUUAGUUUAGAGAAAAGGUAAAUGAAAUGUUCUUUAUUUCCAUUUUUCUAUGCAUGGUGCUAAUUUCCAUUGUGACAUUGGAAUUUGGGGAAGUGAGUAGCUGAUUAACACCUUAAAGUUCAUUUAAUACUUAUUUAAAAAGCAGAUGGCCAAUUCAAAAAUAUCAGAAAAGUUGGCCAUGAUAAUAAUUUUCAGAAUUAAUCCUUUUAAAACAUUUUAAUUAAAUUUCCUUUUUCUAGUAAGGGUUGAUGUCUGCUAUUGAUAUUAUUCAUUAAAAGUCAUAUUCUUACAACAAUGACAUCGGAAUCAUUUCCAUAGGAGGUAAUUUCCAUAGCAACUAAUCAUAGUGACCCAAACAGGAUUAUGAAAUCAAGUGAGGAAUUAAUAGCAAGAGGAUGAAUCCUUAAAGGAACAAAAAUCCAUUUUUUAAAUAAUAAUGCUUCUUGUAAACAAGAGCUGAACAAUUUUAAAAACCAAAUCAGAAUUUCCAAAUAAAACAGUUUCCAUAAGGUGUCAGCAAUGGCACAAAAAAUCUGACUUCACACUGAACCCUAAAUGUCAUUGCAAGAAAUAAAAAUAUAAGAAUUAAAUUACUGCCCUGUGUUUAAUCUCUAGAGAUCUUUUUAAAGCUCACGAGAACUCUAUUUGGAUCAGAACUACAUUAUUACAAAGUAAAAUGAACACUUGACAGAAAAGUAACAUUAAUUUAAAUGGAGGCUUUCAUUAUUUUUAGAUAGCAGUCUUUCUUCAUUUAUAUGGAAUGAUGUAACUGCCAGGUUACUUUCGUGUUUGCGGGGGACUCCUAGUAAGAAUUGCAACUCCAGGGAGUAAUGACACAAAAGGUCUCUUGUGACCUGCGACACCAGGAUAGACAUAGUAUUUGGUGAGAAGGAAGCCCCAUGUGCCUGCCUUAGAGAAUUGUAGAGACAAUCACAUGCAUGAAAACCUGCAAAGGUAGGAUUAAUUUGUUUUUCUAACAAGAAGGCUCUCAUAAAUUCUGUUGUGGUUGCCAAUUCAGUAAAUGACGUAUUAAAAAUCUACAGGAUAUUAUUGUUUAAAUUUUUGUUUAUUUUUUGAACCUCACUGCUGUUUCUGACAGUGUUUGUGGCUGUCAUUGCCACUAAAUUAUUGAACUAGAAGAUGUUGCAGGCAAAAUUGUUUCUGAAACUGGUAUCUAAGCAAUUUUUUUUUUUAGUCGAAGCCUUCCUUGUAACAACCAGUGUUAAAACUUCCAAAUUAUAUUCUUGUCAUUUCCUCAUGCAUAUUAUAUCAAGAAGGAUUUAAGGUGUACUGGAAAGAGAAUUUAUUCAUAGAGAAACUACCUAGCAGUUGUGCCCUCAGUGGGAUACUUUGAAAACAAGGCUGAGGCCCUUCCUCCUAGAAAUAUUUAUGUGAAGCCUGACCAAGGACCACAGUUACUCAGGCUAUUUCUGGGGGCCCAUCUAGCUGUAUGCUACAGAGACUUUGGGAUCAGGCUGAAGGCUUCAGCUUCACUUCCUUUAGAGUAGUGUUCAUUAAAUGUUAGUUCACUUCCCCCAAAAGGUAUAAUACAAAGUCGGGGCUCCCUCCCUUCCUUCUUUCCUUCUUACUCCCUUCCUUCCUUCCUUCCUUCCACAGUUAAAAAAAAUCUAAAAAUACUUAAACACUUUGUCAAGGAGUUCGUCAAAAGAAGUAUUUGUUUUCUCAUUUCCUAAACCGGAAGUUUAUGACAGAUAAAAAUAUGUCAUGUAAUAAAAGACGUUUCAGCUUUUUAUGAGCUGCCUUUUCACAUUCCUUUUUUGUCCUUUUAAUUUGUUUCUUGAUAUAUGAAGACUAUAAACUUGAAAACAAAGAGUUAGCUGUCAGAUCUUGAUAAUAAUAUUAUAAUUAGAGAAACCGAAAGAAUAGAUAUUUUAUGAUAUUAUGAUAAUUCUGAUGAUCUGAAGAUAAUGUCUUAGAAAAUUACAUUUACAUUUCAAGCUCUGGGACAUAAAUUACUUACAAAAGCAUUAAGAUAGUAUUAUUUUUACUUGCUACAAAGUGGUGAGUUUUUUAUUUAAACAUCUCGCCAAAGACAAAGACGGCAUUUUGUUAUUAUAAACACAUACCUCCUAAGGUAAACACAGUCUUUCAGAAUAUCAAGCGUGCCAACUCUUGGGGAGUUUGGUUAAAUCCUCCUUAACUGUCUGCAGUGCCCCCUGACUUCUUUUAAAUGGAUGUGCAUGUAUGUGGAAAACUAAUUUCAUUUAUUAUAAAUGCCUUAUCUUUACCGUUUGAGAUCCUACUAAGUAAAUUUUUCUGGUGCUGUUUAUUAAAAAUGGAAGCUGCCUUGUGUUAGAGAUGAUUCAUAAUAAGGUAGGUUAAGCAGUCAAGUAUUUCCUUAGGCUUGUGUUCAGCACCUCAGUCACCUACUGAGAAGUUAAUUAAUUCAGUCCAAAAUGAAAUUAUAGGGCAGUUUGGCUCAAUUUAUGGUAAAUGCCAUUUGAAUGUAAUCACCUGUGUUACCAUGAAUGAGGAACAACUGUAUUAGAUACAGACAGAACGCUGUACCAGGAACAAGAAGAUAGUGCUUUGGCAGGGAAAAUGUCUGUCCCUGUGGUCAGAAUUUAUCAAAGCCCUUGUCCUUUUAAAGAGUGAAUUAUUGAACAGUAAUUAAACUUUAACUGAUGAUCAUUUGGAUAGUGUUCUGUUAGUCUUAAACUAUAAAGUAGACAGAGUUGACUUUGUGCCCUUACAUUUCAAAGGCAUCACUAUUUUUAAAUGUUUACAUGUUUAAAUGUAACUGCUUCACUGCUAAUAAUAGUUCUAUGAAAAAACAGUUUAUUUUGGAUCAUGCAUAUUUUUAGUUAACACUAGAAAAGGUGUUACCUUUGAAUUUUAAAAAGACAAGAUUUCAUUUGAAAAUACGCUAGGGGGUGUUAUUUUUUAUAACAUGCUUGCGUAAUUGGCAUUGUUUGUAAUUUUUAUUUUUUAAUUAAAUGUAGGUCAAGCAUAUGGAUUAAAACAUAUUCAUGGGGCACCUGGGUGGCUCAGGUGGCUAAGGGUACAACUCCUGAUUUUGGCUCCAGUCAUGAUUGCAAAGGUCCUGAGAUAGAGCCCCACGUCAGGCUCCAUGCUGGGCAUGGUGCCUG